UCUCUCUCUUUCUCCUCUGUCUCUCUCUUUCUCCUCAGAUCUCCAGGCUCAAAGCGUCAGUCCACCAGCUGAACUCUCAGUCAGACUGGUGGAUGGGACCACUUCCUGUUCUGGGACAGUGGAAGUCUUCUACAGAGGAGACUGGUCAGGUCUAUGUUCUAGGUGGUGGGGCAUGAAAGAGACCAAGAUUCUGUGUAGAGACCUGGGAUGUGGGAAUCUUGUAGCUAAAUCUAGAGGACCACCGUUUGAAGAUGGAAGAGGAGGAAUCAGCAUAUGGCUUUGUAGUGGAGAUGAGUCUUCUAUUACAGAGUGUAAAAAAAUAGAAGGAGGAGCUGGUGUCUGUAAUGCUACAUAUGAGUAUCAUCUUCAUGUGACCUGUUCAGAGUCUGUGCGGCUUGUGGAUGGAGCUGGUCUCUGCUCUGGGAGAGUGGAGGUGAAGUCCAAUCAGUCCUGGGCCUCAGUGUGUGAAGCUGACUUUGACCGGCAGGAUGCAGAGGUAGUCUGUGGGGAGCUUGGCUGUGGGGCUCCUGCAGCUCUACAGGGGGGGCUCUAUGGAGAAGGUGAGGGUCAGACCUGGGAUAAAGAGUUCCAGUGUAAAGGCAAAGAGUCCCUUCUCCUGGACUGUGACACCUCAGACAGAGAAAACAACACCUGUCUACCUGGUAAUGCUGUUGGACUCACCUGCUCAGAGCCUGAUGAUGUGAGGCUGGUGGGAGGAGGCAGUCGCUGUGCUGGUGGAGUGGAGCGGUACGACCAGGGAGAGUGGAGGACUGUGGGAGCUAGAGACUGGGAGGAUGUAGCUGCAGUAGUGUGUAGACAGAUGGGUUGUGGCUCCACUGUUUCAGGAGUGUAG